AUCGCAAACAUAGUGACUCAGAGGUCAGUGGACCCUUCCUAUGUUCAAUCCAUUUCUGCCAAGAGUCCCUGAGGACCCAAAGGAAUCCCCUCUAAUGCAGAGCAUGCAGACGCAUUACUUCCACGCAAGAUGAAAGACGUAAUUAUACUCUCCCUGCUGGGGAUUCUGGGAAUGGGAAGGUGCUCUAAAGAUGAAUUAGUGAAUGUUGCUCUGAGGGGCAAAGCAGCCCAAUCCUCCACAUCCUAUGGAGGCACUGCAAAAAGAGCCAUUGAUGGAAUAUGGAACCCAACUUACGAAUAUGACUCCUGCAGCCACACUUCGGGAGAGACCAGCCCCUGGUGGAGGGUGGACCUGCUGGAGACCUACCAAGUCACCUCCGUCACCAUCACCAACAGAGAUACUUUAGCAGAGAGGAUCAACGGGGCCGAGAUCCGCAUUGGAAAUUCCCUGGAGAACGAUGGCAACAGUAACCCCAGGUGUGCGUUGAUAUCCUCCAUCCCCGCAGGGGGCUCCACCACAUUUCAAUGCCACGGGAUGCAGGGACAAUACGUCAAUGUGUUCCUCAGAGGAUACAUGCAAUAUCUGACCCUGUGUGAGGUGGAGGUGAAUGCUCAUCCUGAUCCUAUUGAAGAAAUGGGACCAACUCAAGCUUCAGAAAUCAACUUAAUUGUUCCUGUUUCAGACAAUGUUGCCUUAAAGAAAACGACUCGCCAAUCCUCCCAGUACUCCCACAUGGGGGGCUCUAACAAUGCCGUGGAUGGAAGACGCCUCUCCAUGUACAGAGACAAAUCCUGCAGCCGCACCAAGUCCCAAGUCAACCCAUGGUGGAGGGUGGACUUGCAGCGAGCUUACAACGUCACCUCCAUAACAGUCACAAACAUUGAAGACGUUGAUCCAGAGAUGAUCGAUGGUGCUGAAAUCCACAUUGGAAACUCGCUGCAGAAUAAUGGCAACAGCAAUCCAUUGUGCGCUGUGAUCUCCUCAUAUCCCGCGUGGGAGGUCAUGACCUUUCAGUGCAGUGGGAUCGAGGGUCGCUAUGUGAACGUUUUCUUGCCGGGCUGCAAUAAACACCUGUCACUGUGUGAGGUGGAGGUGAAUGUGGGCAGCCGUCCUGGUGAGGAGCAGACAUUAUAUGAUAUGGACGAACAUCUUUCCUCUGACAGGAGGGUGCAAGAUAUGAAGAGAGGGCAAGACAUUCUAUGCCCAGACCAUAAGACUCGAUAUGAGAAUGCAGCCACUGGCGGGAUCGCCAGUCAGUCGUCGCAGUGGGACAUGUUUGGAGAUGCCAACAAUGCCAUUGACCUGAGCUGGACCAACCGGUAUCUGGAGGGGUCCUGCAGCCACACGAAAGCAGAGGUGGACCCCUGGUGGCGGGUGGACCUGAGCGAGACCCAUAACGUCACCUACGUCACCAUUACCAACAGAGGGGACUGCUGCUCAGACAGGAUCAGUGGAGCAGAGAUCCACGUUGGGGACUCGCUGUUCAACAACGGCAAUAGCAACCCACUGUGUGCCAGGAUUCCAUACAUCCCUGCUGGGCAAAGCAGGACAUUUCCGUGCGGUGGGAUAUCGGGGCGCUAUGUCAACAUUCUCCUCCCAGGAAAAGAGAAGUACUUGACUUUGUGUGAGGUGGAAGUGCAAGCAAGCAUCUUUCAGGCAGGCCUGCCUUCAACUGCCCCUGAGACAGCUGUUACAGCUCCAAACCUAAACCUGGCCUGGUUGUGGGAUCUUCUGAUAUCCCUCGGAAGGCCUGCUAUUCGGAAAGAGAAUCUAGUCUCCGGUGGAAUAGAGGUCCAUUCCUCCCAGUAUGACAGCCACGGUGCUGCCAGCAAUGCCACCGACAGGAAGCGUAACCCACUGUACCAUGCUGGCUCCUGCAGCCACACGGAGGCAGAGACCAACCCCUGGUGGAGAGUGGACCUUUUGGACACAUACCAAAUCACCUUUGUCACCAUCACCAACAGAGGGGACUGCUGUCUCCACAAGAUCAACGGGGCUGAGAUCCGCAUUGGAAACUCCCUGGAGAACAACGGCACGACCAAUCCACUGUGUGCUGUGAUCUCCGAGAUGAGAGAAGGGCAGCCAAUGGAUAUUCCAUGUAACAUGGAGGGCCACUAUGUCACCAUCGUUCUCCCAGGCAGAGAGAAGUACCUGGCACUGUGCGAGGUAGAAGUGUAUGGUGGAAAGUGAUGUCCCUAACCAAUCUGAAAUGACUCCUUUUACAGGAAAGUUCCAAAUAAGGCCAACAUAGUUACCAUCUAACUACAGAAUCACUUAAUAUUUUGAGAAGUGUGGAGAAAGUCACUGACUAUUUCUCGUCAUACCCAGUGGAAUCUCAAAUAGUUUUUUGAAGGCGGACGCCGUAUUAUAGCCAAAUUAUAAACAGUCACAUUUGUAUUCUAUUAAUAAAAGGCUUGUUACUGUGAA